UUGACUGGGUAGCUGUUUUUAAAGAUUUGUAUCUGGAUCAACCUUAGAAUCAGUAUCAUUUUAUUGUGUUAUGAAAACCAUCCUAAUUCAUCCUAAUUCACUACUCAAUUGAGGUCUGAUUCAGAUAUGAGGAUGGGAUAUCCUCUCCUCCGCUCAGCCCCUGAUGGAAAGGGCACAUCAGCCUGACAAUUCUCAAGUUACUGUCUAUUUCUGGAGCACCUCCUGCCUGAUUCAUUAGUGUGGAGAUGAGUUUCUUUAAGCGCUGAACCAUAAUGUUGCAUGAUUGCAUCUCACUGUGGUUCAGCACUAAAAGCUGCUGGAUAAAGACUAAAAAAAAUAAUUUGUACUCUGAAGUGUACUCAGUAAAAGAUGUGCUUUCUGUUUGUAGGAGUGUUCUUUUGAACUUCACUGUUGGACCACCCUAUAUACCAUGCUGGGGUUGCCUGUAUGCUUUGGCCUCUUAAACUGCAGGAGAUUCUCCUUGCCCCACCAGCGUUCUCGCCUACUGAGUCUAGGUGCUCUCACUACUAUGUACACCACACGUAUGUACAGCGGUGGUGGGGGCAAGCCAGGUCGCCGCAUCGGCCUGAUAGGAGGAGGGCCGCCCAUGCUGGAGAACCACCAUCAUCCGCUCCCGCCACAUCACCCCCAUGACCAUCAGCCUCAGAGCUAUCCACCUGUUUAUCAAGCCCGUCUAGACGCCCACCGGCCCCACUACCAGACCCACCAACACUACCACACCCACCCUCAAGUCACCCACCUCCCACCUCCACACUACCAGCCUCAUGCGCAUUUGCACCACGGCAAGAAGAAGACCUGGAACUUCAUCCACGAGAAGAUGAGCUACGACACCUUCUUCACCAUGAAGCGGCUGAUCGAUCGCUCGCACACCGUGGAUGAAGUUCUGCGCUGGGUCACCCAGAAUCCAGGGAAGAUCUCGCACAAUCAUUACCCCAUUGCCCUACAGAAGAUCGGUCAGCUCCUGGUGCUGCAGCAGGCUGGAGGGAGCAGAUCAGGCGGCGGUGGAGGAGCGGGUGACGGGGCCUUACCUGCGUCCUCUGCUGGAGGUUCGGGGGAGAACGCCAUACGUCAGAUUCUGGAUAAUCAGGAUUUUCAGACGCUUUGUGAUGCCAUUGUCAAUGACUGCUCCAAGUUUGACAACUUCAGCAUUGUUAACUGCCUUUAUGCUGUAGCUGCUCUUGGGCUGCCCAGUGACUCUCAGAUCGUACAGGUUCUGGAGGAAGAGUCCCAGGCUCGCCUGUCCCAGUUUAACCAAAAGGACAUCUCCAUGGUUUUCAGCAGCAGCAUGAAGCUUCAUCCGUCCAAUCAGGAGUUGCCUAAAAAGGUUGAUAGCAUUACGCCUUACACCAUGGCCCUCAUCGCCAAAUACAUCGCUCGCCAUCGCCUCAGAGAAACCCGCUUGCUAGACACUAUCGCUGACUUCUUGGUCAAGAAGGGUGAAUACCUGGACAGCAAGGUGAUCCAGAAGCUCGUUUUCCCGUUCAGUCGUAUGAGUUAUCGGCCGGCUAAUGAAGCUCAGUUUUUCUCCAAGCUGGAGAUGGCGCUUGAACUAAAGGCUCUGAGUUCUCCACUGGCCACCGUAAACAUCCUCAUGUCUUUGUUUCAGCUGGGCCAUUUUCCUGGGCUUGUUCUUCACCGUGUCUUCUCUCCAUCGUUCAUCAGUAAUGUCACCAACAGCCCAUAUGCCCUGAUUGUACGUCGAUACCUUUCACUACUGGAUGCAGCCGUCGAGCUGGAAUACAGGGACUACACUGGACCUCGCCUUCAGGAUACCCACAAAGUGCUCAUGUUCGACCACGCUUUAACUGCGGAUGAGGUGAACCGCAAAUACAGUUAUAAAGGUCUGGUUGCAGAGGCACUCCGGCAGCUUGUUGGUGAGCACGGCUACAAACAAGAUGAAGUUCUCGCACCAGGAUAUUACACAGAUUUCCUGCUGUGGGUCGACAGCACGGGCCGCGUCCUCCCCAUCAGAACAGGCACACCAGCAGCAUCAUUAGCAGCAGGUUCAACCGCAUGUGUAGUACUGAACCUCAAAUCUCCAGAGGGGCCCGGCUCUGUCGCAGCCCUUACUACUGACUUCCAGAAGUUCUCUCCCUUUGCCCCGUCACUGGAGGAAGGGGCCGACAAACGAGCAGGAGAGCAGGAGUCUGCCUUCCUCUCUGCUCACAUGCGUCCCCCAGCAGCAGCAGCAGGAGGAGGAUCUCAGAGGGUCGGUCCUAAUGGAACGGUCCCGCUGGACUACAACCCAUAUUACAGCACUUCAGAUUAUUACUCGACUCUAGCCAAGGAACACUCUCUGGAGAGCCAGGACAGCUCCACCCUCAGUAGCCCCUCAGACUGCCUGACCCAGACAGGACCCUCUGUUCCAGGCACGGUUGCUCCGCAAGACUCCCUGUUCCAGUUCUCCAUUGGAAAAAUCCUGGAGGAUGAGGGAGGUGCUGCAACAGGAGCAAACCCGGGGCCGGACUGUGAGAUGGCUACAUUUUACGAAGGUGUUUCGUACCCAGAGGGUGGUGAGAGUGAUGUUGUGGCCACUUCUCCACUGCAGCUUCACAACCCAGACAACCCUGAAGCUGACCGGACCACAGGAGAGCAGGUGAAGAGGGUUAUUAUGUCUGUAAAUGAUAAAUGGCAUUACUGCCAUAAUUCUGAUGUGCUGGUCGGAUCCAGGGCAAUGAGAGACCGUCACCUGCAGUUAUUGGGCUACAUCAUACUACAGUUGCCCUAUUUGGAGUUGGAGAAGCUGAAUGGGAUAGAGGAAGUGAAGCAGUACCUACACAAAAAGCUGCUGGAGGUUCCUUUAUGACGACAUAAAUGCAGUGUGUUUGUGUGCUUCAGAGAGCAUGUGCCACAUCCACAGUUUCAAGAGGUUUCGUUGUUUUCAGAAAGACGAUGGUGUCUGUGUGUGUGUGUGUAUGUGCGUUUGUACACAGGAUGUGAACAGUCCUUGAUUUCAGGACAAAACUUCGGCUGACACAAGGAAUCUGGGUGGGUGGGUGUUAUU